AUGGCAUCAAGCUCUUGUCACAAGACUUUCAACCGUUUAGAAGACACUCUGGAAAAAUCAAUACAAUUUGAUGAAAAACUGGUAACAUUAUCUAAAACACAAAAUGUCGAGUUGCGUGGUUUUAAGUUUGCUUGCGCUAAAGAACAUACUCGAGUUGCGCGAAUCAUUAGAGUUGGUCUUAUUCAACAUCAAAUUGUUUUGCCAGUGACUGCGCCAAUAUUAAAUCAACAAAAUGCAAUUCAUCAGCGAGUAUCGGAAAUUAUUGAAAUUGCCGCUCAAGCACAGGUAAAUAUUUUGUGUUUGCCUGAAUUUUGGACUAUGCCCUACGUGUUUUGCACUCAAGAAAAGCACCCUUGGGUUGAAUUUGCAGAAAAUGCUGAAAAUGGGCCUUCAGUGGAAAUGCUGAGAAAAUUGGCGCUCAAAUUCGGCAUGGUUAUUAUCUCGCCUAUUUUUGAGCGUGAUGAAAAAGGCCAAAAACUAUGGGUUACUGCAGUGAUAAUAUCUGAAUCUGGCAAAGUAAUGGGGAAAACACGCAAAAAUCACAUUCCUCGCAUAAAGGACUUCAAUGAGGCUGCCUACUUUGGCGAAGGCACUCUCGGUCAUCCAGUGUACGACACAACGUUUGGUAAAAUUGCCGUCAACAUUUGCUACGAGCGACAUCAUCCACAGAGCUGGCUAAUGUACGGCCUGAACGGGGCUGAGCUAGUCUUCAACCCCAGUGCAAACACCGGCGAUGACAGCAGUGAACAGUCGUGGCUGGUGGAGGCACGAGCCGCGGCCAUUGCAAACAGUUACUACACCUUUCCGGUGAACAGAGUUGGCACGGAAAUGAUACCACUAAAAAAUGGAUCACUGAAAAGUUUUGGGUACUACCACGGAUCAAGCUAUUCAGUGGCACCUGAUGGCUCGCGAACGCCUGGUCUUUCGAGGGUGAACGAAGGGCUGCACAUUACCGAGUUAGACUUGAAUUUGUGCCGACAAGUGGCUGAUUCGUCUAAUCAUAAG